AUGAAUAGGAGUUUUUACCAGAAUAUAGUGCAAGAAAGGGAAAUUCAGGACAGAGAAGAAAACGAACUAAAUCAAGAAGUAAAGCAAAUGAAAUGGGUUUUAGUAAAGUACACGUCAAAAAAGAACACGAAGCACUAUGUUGGCCGUGUAACACGACGUGUGGAAGACGAAUGGAAAGUAAAAUUUUUAAAACGAAUGUCAACUAAACGACAAGAUACGAUAAGAUUUGAUUGGCCUCCUACAGACGAUAUUGAUACGGUAAACGAAGCAGAUAUUGCAUUGACUUUGCCAGAACCACUUGAAUAUAGAAGAGGGUUACUGUAUUUUAAUAUCUUGUUUGAUGGAUUUAAUAUUUAA